UUUACCAGACAGCUCAACUUUGAGAAGUAACACGACAGCGAACUGACAAGUCUUGAAGAGCAGACAGUAACACGUCUCCAAUCUGCUUGGACCACUAACCAGAUGGAAAAAUCCAAAAACUUUCGCAUCGACGCGCUUUUGGCCGUCGAUCCGCCGAAAGUGCAGACAUCACCGCUAGCAUUAGUGACCUCUAUGUCCUCCUCCUCUCUCUCAUCGUCCGGAAGCGUCAACGGUUCCGAUCUGAACACCAGCACAGAGUCUCUGCGGACAGAGAGUCCCUCUCCUCCGAGGAUUUCUUCUUGCGGGUUGAUUCCAAAGCCGGGCUUUCUGAACUCUUCACACUCUAGCAUGGUGGGACUUCACUCGCAGAGUAGCUCUAUUCCCCCGCAGGCACUGUAUGGGCACCCGAUGUACUACUCUGCAGCGGCGCUGGGUCAGCAUCCAGCCUUGUCCUACUCAUACCCACAUACCUCCCACCACCAUCACCCUAACGACACCCUCAAACUCACUGCAGGCACGUUUCAGCUCGACCACUGGCUUCGAGUGUCUACAGCGGGCAUGAUGCUGCCGAAAAUGCCCGAUUUUAACGCCCAAGCACAGUCUAAUUUGCUGGGAAAGUGCAGAAGACCAAGAACGGCGUUCACAAGCCAACAACUGCUGGAGUUGGAGCACCAGUUCAAACUGAAUAAAUACCUGUCUCGACCUAAGCGUUUUGAAGUGGCUACUUCUUUGAUGCUGACAGAAACACAGGUAAAAAUAUGGUUCCAGAACAGACGUAUGAAAUGGAAGCGCAGUAAGAAGGCCAAGGAGCAGGCAGCGCAGGAUGCCGAGAAUAAGAAAAACACGAAGGGCGGUCAGGACAAAUCCGACGGACUCGAGCAAACGGAUUAUCAAAAGGUUGGCACUAAAAGCAACAGAAUAAGAGACUUCAGGGACAGUGACGAAGAGGAAGGGGAUCAUUUCCUCUACAACUCUUCAGACUGCUCGUCGGACGAUGAGAGAGCCCAGGCCAGCGACGCCAGCCCACACCCGUGAGAGCCCAUUGAGUAGACCAUAGGAGUUUUAACUCUCAUUCUUCAUAAGGACAAUGACAUUGCAUGUUUAAACAAGCUACAAACGCCACAUUUAGAAUUUACUGAGAUACUCUGGAAAAUGUUUUGAAAAGUGUCAUGUGGCGUUCAUCAACUGUGGUAGAAGUAUGGCUUGUGCACUUUGCAGAGCCUGUCACCCUGUCGCUGUCGUGCAAUAACAUGUCAAACUGACACUGAGAUGGUAUGAAGGUACAACACAUCAUUGUUUGUACAUAGCAUGUGAUCUUGUGUAAAAUGUGUUAGCCUUAACAAAAUAUGAGUCAUAAAAUAGCAAUCCAAGUAAUAACAAAUCUCCUCUGUACUGGGAUGGUUAGCAAUUCCGCCAUAUUUCACCACGAUGAAUAUUGUCAGUAGUAUGGGAGAUGUUGACACUUGGUAACCACUGCGUCCUCGGAUUAAUUUUUGGAAAUUGUGGUGUUUACAUCCGUAAUAUCACCAACAGUUUACUGUGCAGAAAAUGUAAUGUGUUUAUUUUUGUAUAAUGUAUUUAUAAAAAUGACCAUGCAUGGU